GAUUUUUAUUUUGUUUCCAUCUUACCGUUAGCUAAGUGUAAAAAAAAAACCCUAAAUUGGUUCAAUCUUUGCGAUCUAAACCCAUUUCUUGAAUUUCACAUCUGAAUCACAAAGUCUCAAUCUUGAAUCCUCUGUAAAAAAAAAUGGCGGCUUUAGCACCAGGGAUCCUUCAAAAGCUAAUCGACGGUAUGAAAACCGGAGUUAAACCGACCGGAGAACACAGAAGCUCGUUAUUACAAGUCACAGAUAUCGUUCCCAUCGAUCUUGACGAGAAGAAUCUAUUACCCAAACAAGGCUUCUUCAUUAAAGUCUCUGAUUCAUCUCAUUCGAUCUACGUUAGCCUUCCUUCUGAUCAAGACGACGUGGUUCUAAGCAACAAGAUGCAGUUGGGUCAGUUUAUAUACGUUGAUCGGCUCGAUCCAGGGACACCUGUUCCGGUUAUGAAAGGCGCUAGGCCGAUUCCGGGACGGCAUCCUCUGCUUGGUACACCUGAGCCGUUGAUGAGUGCGAGAGGGAAGGUUGAGAAAGAGUCUGGUACGAGACCGAGGAGAGGUUCUUGGGGUCAGAACGGUGACGUUUCGUCUCCGUUUGUGUUAAAGCCUGCGCCUUUGGAUUUUGAUCAGUGUACCCCGGCGAAACAUAGGAUUGGUAAUGGGAGAUUCACGGCGGCGUCUCCUGUUGUUAUGACGAGAGGGAGAUCACCUGGUGGAGUUAGGUGCUCUUAUGGUGGAGGGCUUUUGUCGAAUUUGAAAGGAGAGAGUCCUGCUGCGAUGAUGAGGAAGAGCUGUGUUGUUCCGCCGACUUCGAAGUUUCCGAGAAGCAGAAGUGUUUGCGAUAGAGAGAUGUUGACCAAGAACUCUGUUUCCUCUGUUCUUGUUACUCCUUUUAAAUCCUCUGCAAAGAAAAGCGAUUCACCUCCUCCGAGUAUGCGUACUAGGAGAGCAACAGCAGCUGCUAUGGUGGAAGAUGAAAGAGAUGCUCCAAAAUCUAUAUCGAAGAUGGUUUCUCCAAAGCAUGAAUCUAAGUACAGUAAGUUGGAAAAACCAGAGAAGAGUUUGAGUCUACCAGGAAGACUUAGCACACUGAGCAAGGAAGCUAUGCAGCAGCGAGAGAUGGCUCAGAAGAUAGCUCUUCAAGCAUUGCGAGAAGCUACAACCACAGAAACAGCCGUUCGUCAUCUCAAGACAUUUGCAAAUCUGAGCAAAUCAGCAAAAGCUGAUUGUCCAGCUGCUUGCUUCGACAAGUUCUUGGAGUUUCACAGCCAGAUAGCUGAAACCAUGAACGAAAUAGCGUCCAUUGAAGCAGCUGCUUCAUCUGCUACUACUACUGAGAACAAAUCUGAGAAUGGAUCGUCAGUGAUCCUACACGAAAUCCAGCAUAACUCAAAUGAUCAUGAGAAAACCACAGCAAAGAGAAGAAUUGUCUUGAAGCAGCAGCAGCAAAGUCACAAGCAGUUGAGAUCAAACGAUGAGAACAAGAACCCUGCAGCUCCUUCUUCUUCUUCCGGGUUAGGAAACACGGCGAGGUUGGUUAAAGAGAUAGAGAAAGAAGCUGCAAACUGGUUCAUGGAGUUUAUAGAGAAGGCUUUGGAGAAAGGGAUGAAGAAGUGUAGAGGCUCAGUUGAUGCAGAUGUUAAGAAGGUUCCACAGUCUUUGAUUCUCAAAGUUGUAAACUGGGUGGAAGCAGAACAGUCUGCUGAUAACACGAGACGACGACCAGUUCAUCCAAAAGCAUCACAUAUCACUAGAAAGCUCAGAAUCAAACUGAAGAAUCCUUGAACCAUAUCGAGAGUAUUAUGUUGUUCCCACUCUACUCCUAUUGUGAAAAUGCUUUCAGUUGCCACUGCUUACUUAUAGAGAGAUUCAUGGAUUCUAUUGUCAUAUAAACAUCAAUGAAACUAAUAAGAGUAUGUUUUUCUCAAUCACA